AUGGUUUCGUGCUUUUUAAGUGUGGGUGCGAUCAAGACCAAAUCUGUGAAUCAGUACUAUAAAAUCUCCAUGGUCUCAUCAAAUGACGACCCCAAAAAUCCUGCUCUAUUCGCUCACGGCGAGUGUCCGGUAUGGGACGCAGACACCCAAAGCCUGUUUUUUGUGGACGUGCACGCACAGAAUGUCCAUCGACUUAAUUAUAACACAGGAAAAAUAUCAACUAAACAUAUUGGCUAUGGACCCGUGAACGUUGUGUCCCUUAUAUCUGGCUCGCGACGCCUUCUGGUGUCUGUCAGGUCCGGCCUGUACCUGCUUGACUGGAUGGUCGCUGGCGACGCGGCCUUGCGACUCCUCACCAACUUGGACGACGGCCAACCGGACAACCAGAUCAAUGAGGGUAAAGCCGACGUGGAGGGCCGCUUCUGGGUGGGGACAAAGGGCCCGCAGAGUGGCGACAACGUGGUCCCUGACAGGGGAGCGCUGUACAGCGUUGACCAGGACUCGUACACUCACGCGCGCACGCACCUAAAACCCGUUUCGAUAUCCAACGGCAUAGCGUUUGCGCCAAACAAUUCGCUCAUGUACUACGUGGACUCGCCCACGCAGAGGAUAGACGCCUUCGACUACGACUCGCUGAGGGGAGAGCUCAGCGGCCGUCGAACUAUCAUUGAUUUAACUACGUACGGAUACGACGAUGCGAUCCCUGACGGAAUGACAAUUGACAACAAGGGACACCUCUGGGUCGCUUUAAUGUUUGGUGGCUCCGUCCUGCACAUCGACCCGGACAAGCGGCAGGUGGUGUUCGGCUACAAGUUGCCGGUGUCGCGCACCACUUCCGUGUGCUGGGGCGGGCCGGACCUCGACGAGCUGUUCGUCACUACGGGCCGCGCGGCAACGGAUUCGGAACCCCUGGCCGGCGCACUGUUCACUAUACGCGCCACCGGCAGCAGGGGCGCCCCAACGCACGCGUUCCGUUUCGACAACGCAGACUCUUAU